GACUCCGAGAUUGCAUCGUUAUCGAUGUAUUUACUCAUCCCUAACGCCACACACAUAAGCAAAAGCAUGUCGGCUGACGAAAAAAAAGAUAAAACCAUUGAAAAUAUGGAUGCCAACACAACGCCAGAAGCGGAGACAGCGACCAAAGAAAAUGCCGCUGAUAAGGUAGUAAACGAGUCGAAGGCGCCAGAAAGUGCAGAGCCAACUACACCCGAUUCAGAGGUAGCUAAAACUGUAGAGAAGGACAGCGACGCAGCAGCGUCACCCGCUACUGAUGACGUCGCUGAUAAAAAAGCUGUUGGAGACGCAGCGGCUGUGGCCGCGCCAACAUUGGAUGCAGAUGAGAAAAAGGACAAAAAAGCGGCAUCGCCAGCGCCGCCUUCAGCAAAGAAAGUGAAUAAUGGCGCUAAGAAAAAUGCAGGCAAGACUGAGGAUGACGAAGAUGCAGAUGAAGACGAGGAGGAAAGUGAGGAGGAUCAGGUGGACGAUACCCAGGAUGAUGUCAGCGAUGAGGAGAAGAAACCAACAGCCACAGCGGAGAAGAAGAAAAAUGAUGCAACAGAUGGUGCUAAGCCCAAGUCUGGAUCUGGAGGAGCGGACAAGUCAGCGGUCGCAAAGAAGACAGAACCCAAGGCCAAGAACGGCAAGGUGGAGAAGUCAGACCAAAACGAGAAAGAUGACGACGACGCUGACGAGGGCGAUGGUCUCGAUGAGAACAACGAGGUGGCAGAGGAUGACGAGAAUGUGGUGGCCCUGGCUGAGAUCGAUCGCAUUAAUGAGAAUAUAAACAAGACGCGAGUGGAUGGCCUCCAGGUGCUACAUUCGCUCUGCUUUGGCGCACAAGGAAAAAACAAUGUGGUGAAAAAGAAUCUGCGUUCGUUUGCUGGCUUUGAGUUUGCCAAGGAUUCGUCGGAAUACAAAAAGAAAUAUGAGUCCAUUAAGAAGGUGGACAACAAAUCUUUGCGUAGCAUCUGUGAAAUUCUCACGCUAGAUCGCAAAGGCAGCAAGGACGAGAUUGCGUCGCGUGUGCUCAAAUUUCUGAUGGAGCCGGAUGAGUCGCUCUGUGUAGAACAGGCUGAUGAGGAAGAAGAGGAGGUGGACGAUGAAGAUGUUGACGAGGAUGAGGAGGCCGCCAGCGAAGACGAUAAGAAACGCAAGAGCAGUAAGACAAGCGGAGGUACCGGCAGAGGCUCAGCUCGCAAUUCCAGCGGACGUCCAAGACGUGCAACGGCAGGCAAGAAAAUGUCUGCAUAUGUAGAUUUAUCAAGCUCCGAGGAGAGUGAGCACAAAGUGACAGUGGCUAAGCGGAGACGGAAUGAUGACUCCGAAUCCGGCUCAGAUUACAAUCCUUCGGGAAACUCAGAUUCUGAUGCGGGGCGCGGCGGCGGCGGUGCUGGUGGAGCAGCUGGAGCCGGUCGUAAGCUCUCAGCUCGGGGCAGUCGCGGACGACCCGCUCGCAAAAGUCGUCGAAGAAAUUCAGAUUCCGAAGACGAAGAGGAAUCAGAGCUAUCAGAUGCAGAUAGUGAUGUGCCGAAGCGCAAGCGAGCAACUACUGGAAAACGUGGCCGAUCCGCUGUGACCACUCCAGCUGGUAGACGAGGACGUGGGCGGGGCGCUUCUGCGCGAAAGCGCAAAGACUCUGAGAGUGACGAAGAAGAAGUAUCAGAGGAUGAAGAGGAGGAGGAAGCGUCUGAAUUUGGCAGCGAACAAAGCGAGGAGGAACGUCCCAAAAAGAGUAAGAAGCCAACAACGCCUGCGAAAAAUAGCAAAGCUAACAAUAAGUCAAAACCAGCUGGAAAGGCCGCUGGUCGACCGAAGAAAUCAAAGAAAGAAACGUCCGAGGAGGAAGAUGUUGACGACAAAGAUGAGUCCGAUGAGGAUGAACCAUUAAACAAAAAGGGCAAAUUAGCAUUCCCAACGGACGAGCAAAUACGCGGCUAUGUCAAAGAAAUUUUAGACAAGGCCAAUCUCGAAGAGAUUACUAUGAAAACGGUGUGCAAACAAGUCUAUGCAAAGUACCCAGAUUUCGAUUUAACAGACAAAAAGGAUUUCAUAAAGGCCACAGUUAAAGCGUUAAUUGCAACAUAAAACUACACAAAAACGGAGGCAAUGGAGCCUGGGGAUGGGCCAGCAAGCAGAUAAACUUGUACCAAACACUAACAACAAUACAACAAGCGACCGCAAAGCAAAUAUAUUUUGCCACUUUUUGAGAGCUGCUGCGACAACAAAGAAUUAAAUCUAGUUUUCCUAUAAGCGUAUAAUUUGUACUCUUUAAAACUAACUAAAACUCAACCUUGAACGGAUUAUGUCCUUUUUCUAUUGUGUACUAGGAGGCGAUUAUCCAUAUAUAUGCAUGUGAAUAAUGUAUAUAUGUAAACGUAAUUUGUAAACACUUUAUAUUCAUUUUCUUUAUGAAUACCAGCGCUCUCAAACAGCUCUACAAAAGUGUGUAAUUUAAGCAAACCGAAAUAGAAAAGAAAAGAAACUUGUAAAAACCUAUAUACACACAAUUUAUACAUUUAAAUGUAGUGCUGAUUGAUUUGACGUUCAAAAUUAUGUAUUUUAAAUUAAGCAAAGAGGAUAAAUAAAAACAAAAAGAUUAUCUAAAA